GGGUCGCGGUGCUCCGCUCGGCUGCGCGGUUCUCUUCGCGCCCAUGUCCGCUGUCUGAGGCCCCCUGGACGCUCAUCGGACCGGACAGGCAGUAACAGCUGUGGGUGAGGGCCAGCGCCUCAUCCCUCUCCAGAAGCUCGCACCAGGCCUCGCUUUUCAGGUGGUUUCAUCAUGGAUGAAACUGUUGCUGAGUAUAUCCGAAGAACUGUACUAAAAAUCCCACGAGAUGAAAUCAAGACAAUGCUACAGAAAUGGGGCUUUCUCUCUGAGACACAGCUGCAAACCAUAAACUUCCAUCAGAUAAAGGAGAACAUUUCUCAAGAUGUUGUUCAACUUUGUGAGGAAAAUUCUGCAGACAUAAAGCAAGCAGCUGUCCUAGACAUAAUUUACAACCACAUCUACCCAAACAAAAGAGUGUGGAGUGUUUACCAGAUGAACAAAACAGGGGAAGAAACGGAAUUUUUUGACUUAACAGAUUUCAAAAAAAAAUUUAAAAGACGACUUCGGUCAGCCUUGAAAAAUGUCACCAUCAACUUUAGAGAAUAUGAGGAUAAUGCAAUCUGGAUUAGAAUUGCCUGGGGAACACCAUAUACAAAACCAAACCAGUACAAAACCAGCUAUGUUGUAUACCAUUCACAGACUCCCUAUGUCUUCGUUUCUGCCUCCGUGCUUAAGAGCAACUUGCCUCUGCUAUGUCAGGCCCUGGUUGUUGCUUCCAACUACCAUGACAUCCGUGAAAUGGAGCUUCGAAGUCAUUCUUUAAACUCCCUUAAAGAUAUUGUGUUUAAGAGAUAUAGCCAGAACUUCCAAACUUAUUGUCCGAGACCUCUACAAGAAAGGAAUGUAGCACCAGAAAGUGCAGAUUUAAGGAUAAUUCAAGAAAACAGACAUGAGAAAGAAAGAAUACAGAGGGUGAAUCGGGAAGUUUUUGGUGAUGGUCCCCAACCACAACUCGAAUUUGCACAAUAUAAGCUUGAGACAAUGUUUAAAAGUGAUUCUAAAAUGGAUGUUCUGGAUAAAAAAGAACCAUUCAGAUGUAUGGUCAAGUUUUCUAGUCCACAUCUUUUGGAAUCGCUGAAAUCCUUGGCACCAGCAGGUAUGGCUGAUGCACCGCUUUCACCACUACUUACAUGUAUACCACAAAAAGCUAGGAAUUAUUUUAAAAUUAGAGAGAAAAAAAGUUUAUUUCCAGGAAGCUUUAUGAAGAUUAUAUUCAAAGACCAUUACAGGGCAUGGGGGAGAAGGGACUCUUGGAAUAUAGAUGUCAGCAAGAAGUUUCCGUCCAGCUUUAGCGGAUACUAAUUCAGAUCCAGAGUUUUUAUUCGCCAAGGGCAAGAGCCCAUAACCAAUACUUAAAUAAAAAAAAAAAAGAAAAAUCUGUGUAUUGGUGUUAAUGUCUUACAAAAUUUUCUUAGAGGAAUACAAUGAAACAGACAAUAAUUUUCUUUUGAGGAAGUCCAUGGUUUAGAAUAUUUCAAUUAAGAUUUGAUCCUACUGCAAUCCUUGCACAUGACCACUUUUUUGUGCUUGGGGACAUACAGAUUGCAGAAUCAAGAUGGCAAGAUUCACUAAUGCAAACAACAGCUUUGCACUGGAGUUCUUUAGGGUUGGUAAAUUGUGAUUGGUAAUUAAUUAUAUAGGUAUUUUUAUGUAACUUGCUGCAUCAUUUUUAAUUUGAGAUUAAUUUUAUCUGAAGAUUCAAUUAUAGUGUACAAAGGUUUCUUUUUUAAUUCUGUUAUCUUGAAACUUUCUGCAUGUACUUUGUGUAUGUGGAAUUUCCAAUUCACUUUAGAUAUGUCAAGGCGCAGAAACAGUCUUCAGAACAUCAUGGCACAGUGUAAAUAUUUUGAGAGGUUGUAUGGGAAUGUUUUUGGUUUGAACUGUAAAUAAAUGUUUAAAUUAAAUCUUCU